AUGGGAGGGCUUGGGACUAACAUCUCAAGUACUACCAGCUUCACCCUAACAGGCUUCCCGCAGAUGAAGGGUCUGGAGCACUGGCUGGCUGCCCUUCUGCUGCUGCUUUAUGCUAUUUCCUUCCUGGGCAACAUCCUAAUCCUCUAUAUCAUCAAGGAAGAGCAGAGCUUGCAUCAGCCAAUGUACUACUUCUUGUGUCUUUUGUCUGUUAAUGACCUGGGUGUAUCAUUUUCUACACUGCCUACUGUACUGGUUACUGUGUGUUUUCAUACCCCAGAGAUGACUUUUGAUGCCUGCCUGGCCCAGAUGUUCUUCAUCCACUUUUUCUCCUGGACAGAGUCUGGCAUCCUGCUGUCCAUGAGUUUUGACCGCUAUGUGGCCAUCUGUAACCCGCUGCGCUAUUCCACAGUGCUCACUGAUGCCCAUGUGGUGCAUAUGGGCAUGUUCAUUAUUGUCCGCAGCUUCUGCAUGGUUUUCCCACUGCCUUUUCUGCUGAAGAGAUUAUCCUUCUGCAAGGCCAACGUACUCUCCCAUGCCUACUGCCUGCAUCCAGAUCUGAUCCGCCUGCCCUGUGGUGACAUCACCGUCAGUUAUAUCUAUGGUCUAUUCAUUGUCCUUUUUUCCUUUGGCCUGGAUUCUGCCCUCAUUCUCCUCUCCUAUGUGCUCAUACUCCACUCUGUACUUGCCAUCGCCUCCCGGGAGGAGCGAUUAAAGACUCUUAACACCUGUGUGUCACACAUGUGUGCUGUGCUCAUCUUUUAUGUGCCUAUGGUGUGUGUGUCCAUGGUUGCUCGGUAUGGGAGGCAUGCCCCAUGGUACGUACAUACACUCAUGUCCCUUAUCUAUCUCUUUGUGCCUCCGAUGCUCAACCCUGUCAUCUACUCCAUUAAAACCAAACAGAUUCAUCGAAGGAUUUGCAAAAUACUACUGGCAACCAGGAUUUGA